AGGACUUGGGGGUAAGGAAGUGUUGCACAGGAGCAGUGUCCCAGCCUGCUUUCCUGGGGGUCCUAGACACAGAGGGAGACAAACAGAAAGACAUGCGGAGAGAAAGGAAGUCAGGGAGAGCUCCAGAGGGGAAAGAGAAAAUAGAGAUUGGGGGACAGAGACACACGGAAAAAGAAUCAGAAGGAAGCACAGACAGAAAUAGAAAAUGAGAUAAUUUGAGAUCGACAGAGAGAUUGGGGGAGGCAGAAUGAAUUUAGGAUACUGUGAGAGAAAAGCCCCUUCACAUCUUACCCCAGACCCAGCAGGUACUGGGGGCUCCCCUGCCCUCCCCAGUUGGCAGUCCCUCCUGCUGUCUCACCACCGUCUGUCCUGCUGCUGUACCACCAGGUGGAGGUGAGGAAGAGCCAUGUUCCUGAGCCCUGGUGAGGGGCCUGUGGCUGAGGGGGGAGGGGCGGCACCCUGCGAGGAGGCCCCCAAGAAGAAGCACCGGAGGAACCGCACCACUUUCACCACGUACCAGCUGCACCAGCUGGAGCGGGCGUUCGAGGCCUCCCACUACCCGGACAUUUACAGCCGCGAGGAGCUGGCAGCCAAAGUGCACCUACCGGAGGUGCGGGUGCAGGUGUGGUUCCAGAACCGUCGGGCCAAGUGGCGGCGCCAGGAGCGUCUGGAGUCCAGCUCUGGAGCUGUGGCAGCCUCGAGGCUCCCUGAGGCCCCAGCACUACCAUUUGCCCACCCUCCAACCAUUCCACUGCCCCUGGAGCCCUGGCUGGGCCCCGGGCCACAGGCCAGGCCAGGCCUCACUCACCUCCUGGGCCCGGCCCCGGGGCUGCAGGCAUCCUUUGGGCCUCAUGCCUUUGGUUCAGCCUUCAUGGAAGGCUUCACCCUGGAGGAGGCAUCUAUUCGGCUUCUGGCCAAGGAGCAUGCACAGGCUAUGGACAAGGCCUGGCCACCAGCUUGA